GCUAUAAUAACUUCACACGAACAGCGGACAUAUUUGUUAAUUAAUUAAUUGUUAAUUUAGAAAAUAUCCUACUGCACAAAAAAUGGCAAAUUCUUGUAUUCUCCUAUUUAUUUGCGCUUCAGCUUUUGCGCUAACCACAGCUGUCACAAUCCGCGAUCGUCCACUGAUCGGCAAACCAGCUAUUGCGCCUGUGGCCGUAGCCGCUGCGCCAGUGAAGGAUUUUGUGCCUAUUGUUAAAUCUUUGGCAGAACGCAAGGAUGAUGGCUCUUUUGUUUUCUCUUAUGAGGGUGCCGACGGCAGUCAACGCGAAGAGGUUGGUAUUGUCAGGAAUGCCGGCACUGACGAUGAAACUUUGGAAGUGUCUGGCUCUUAUCGCUACUACGAUGCUGAUGGUCAGCUGGUCGAGGUACGUUACACCGCUGACGAAAAUGGUUUCGUGCCACAAGGAACAAAUAUUCCUCAAGAAAUUUCGGCUGCAGCACAUGCAGCAGCUGAGGUGGCACGUCGUCAGCCAGUGGAAGUGAAGUGAGGAGAAGUGUGCGUGCGUGAGUGCAUGCGUGUGAAAAAAAGAAGAUGAAAUGAUUGGUGAAAAUCAGUGAUUAAAGUAUUCAAAGGUGCUUUAUAAGUACGCGUGUUUAUUUGUAAUAAAUUAACUACCUAAACGUAAUAAAAAAUUAAAAAAAAGAA